GAAGGAUACUCCGAAUGCGCUUUGUAGCACAUACCGGAUCUGGAUACACACUUGUGGAAGCACCACUGUGUUUAUAUAUAAAGACACGAAGCUUGGAAUUCCGAUUUCUCCUUCUGAUUUCUCCACAGUGGAUUCAUUUCUGGGGAACUGUCUUCGGUGAAAUGUCCAUAAACUUUGAUUAAAAAACAAACAAACAAACAAAAAACAACCCGGAAUGUUAAAGGCUCAGGAAGAAUCUUAAGCAUCGUUUUUCCGGUGUUGGCAGAGGGGUGUGAUGGUGUUCGCCGCUCCCACUUCUAACACUAGAACUUCACUAGACCAUUAUACACUCUGGAAUAACAACAGUGGCAAUAGUGCUUAAAGUACUGUAUAACUGUAUUAUAUGUGUCUAAUGCAUCUGAUUUGACAUCGACUUCUGCAGAGCAAUGUCUUAUUGGUCUAGUUCAGCUCUGCUUCAGCGGGGGAGUGUGCUAUACUAAUAUCAGUCAUUUCUCAUUGCCACUAAAUCUCAGCAUUACAAGAUUAAGUACAGCAGCUUCAUAGAGGAUUUCAUCUAGUAAACCGUAAAGGGCUAAUUUUCAACAUCGUACGCCAGGAGCUCUGAAGAAACGCUGCGCUUAAAAAAACAAAAAAACAGAACACGCUCGUUUUAGUCCAGUUUCAGCACCACUGCGUGGUGGACAGCGUACCUCAUUUUUUUGUUGUUUUUCUUUUUUUAUUAUAAGAAUCUCUGGCCCAUUUUAUAGAGGGCUGUUCGUUUGGACAACUGGGUGAUGCAUCCAAUUGGCUGACAUAGAAGAGGGCAGAGUGUAUGUCUGAAACAAAUUCAUAUACAUUCAAGCAAUGCCAUAAGUGUUUCGGUUAAGCAUCACUCCGCAUUGAGAAGGCAGAGGAGCGCUACAAACGGCUUGAGCAAGGCGGGCUUCUGCUGAGUGAAACACUGAUGAAUUGUAAGACAGGAGAGGGACCGUGUUGUCCAAGCAUUUGCCACAGUGCUACUAAUUCACGAAUGUAGCACCAUCCCUGGAAUUUUGGAUUGCUAACGUGAACCCCCACCGGGAUUUGUAUCAGAGGAAUUCUAUCACAACGAAGAAUGACACCUGCUUUCUAAAGAAGCUGUAUUUUUUUUACAAUAAAAACACAAUAACAUUUUUUUAAAUAUUCCUGACACUAAAAUUUGGAUAAAAAACAAAGAUCUUAUAAACACCUUUGUUCUUCCUAACGCCUCCACCAAGAGGUCUUCAUGGAUUGGCAUGCGUUGUGCGCCAGACUGUUCUUUAAUUGCCUUCAUUUCCUUGUCACUGAGGGGAGAGAGAGAACAAACGUCUAAAAAAGGAAUUAAACAAACCUUUAAAAAAGGUGUGAUAUGAAAGUCGGUCGUCAGAGAAAGGGGUUGUUUUAGUGCCACUUUUUAUCUGAAGGAAGGAAGGUUGCUGGAGCUUUGAGAGGACUAGAAAGGGCUAGUUAUUGGAGUAGAUGAAGAAUCCAACCCUUUUACCGGCAGUCACCAUGACGUUUCUUCUGGGCUGGUCGCAGGACUGGCCCUGCUACAGGAAGCGGUCUCUGGUCUUUGCAUUUUUCCUGGUUUGCUGUCUUGUCCCGUUGGUGACCCCCAAGCCCAGAUCUCCGGGGCACAUUCACUUGAAUUCAAUCCGGAUAGACGGAGAUAUCGCUCUGGGCGGGCUCUUCCCGGUCCACUCACGGGGCAGCGACGGGAAAGCCUGCGGAGAACUCAAAAAGGAGAAAGGGAUCCACCGAUUGGAAGCCAUGCUGUACGCUGUGGAUCGUAUCAAUAAUGACCCAGAGCUGCUGCCCAACAUCACUCUGGGAGCCCGGAUCCUGGAUACCUGCUCGCGGGACACGCACGCGCUGGAGCAGUCGCUCACCUUCGUGCAGGCACUCAUCGAGAAGGAUGGCACUGAUGUCAAGUGCCUGAGCGGAGGACCGCCCAUCAUCACCAAGCCUGAGAGAGUGGUGGGUGUCAUUGGGGCGUCUGCGAGCUCCGUCUCCAUCAUGGUGGCCAACAUACUGCGUCUCUUUAAGAUCCCCCAGGUGAGCUAUGCGUCGACAGCCCCUGAGCUGAGUGACAACACGCGCUAUGAUUUCUUCUCUCGGGUGGUCCCGCCCGAUACCUACCAGGCCCAGGCCAUGGUGGACAUCGUCAAGGAGAUGCGUUGGAACUACGUCUCCACUGUGGCAUCUGAGGGCAACUAUGGAGAGAGUGGCGUCGAUGCCUUCAUCCAGAAAUCCCGCGAGGACGGGGGUGUUUGCAUCUUCACAUCUGUGAAGAUCCCGCGGGAGCCCAAAGCCGGCGAGUUCGACAAAGUCAUCAAACGUCUGCUGGAGAACUCCAACGCAAGGGUGGUUAUCAUGUUCGCAAACGAGGACGACAUCAGGCGGGUCCUGGAUGCAGCCAAGAAAGCCAACCAGACAGGUCACUUCCUGUGGGUGGGGUCUGACAGUUGGGGCUCCAAGAUCUCCCCAGUGCUACACCAGGAAGUGGUGGCAGAGGGCGCUAUUACCAUCCUGCCCAAGAGGAUGUCUGUCAGAGGUUUUGACCGGUAUUUUGCCAGCCGUACUCUGGACAACAACAGGAGAAACAUCUGGUUCGCGGAGUUCUGGGAGAACAAUUUCCAUUGCAAACUCAGCCGACACGCGCUGAGAAAGGGCUCCAGCAUCAAGAAGUGCACAAACCACGAGCGGAUUGGCAAGGACUCAUCGUACGAGCAGGAGGGCAAGGUGCAGUUCGUGAUCGACGCGGUCUACGCCAUGGCGCAUGCCCUUCACAACAUGCACGCGCUGCUGUGCCAGGGCAAAGUGGGACUCUGCCCCAAGAUGAACCCCAUCAACGGCACCAUGCUGCUCAAGUUCAUCCGAGAUGUCAACAUCACAGGCAUCGCUGGAAACCCCGUGCUGUUUAAUGAAAAUGGAGAUGCCCCGGGACGCUACGAUAUCUACCAGUAUCAGAUCAAGAACAACACCGCAGAGUACAAAGUCAUCGGUCAAUGGACCAACCAUCUGCAUUUAAAUACUCAUGCAAUACAGUGGCCAGGUGGUAGCCAUCAAGUGCCACCCUCUACCUGCAGCCGGCCGUGUGGCCCCGGGGAGCGCAUGAAGGUGGUAAAGGGCACCCCCUGCUGCUGGCACUGCGAACGUUGUGAGGGGUACCAGUUCAGGGCAGAUCGCUACACCUGCAAGAUGUGUCCCUUUGGCCAACGCCCCAACGAGAACCACAUGUACUGCCAGGACAUCCCCAUCGUCCAGCUGGAGUGGACCUCCCCCUGGGCAGUCAUCCCGGUCUUCAUUGCUAUCAUCGGAAUCCUGGCCACGCUGUUCGUGGUGGUCACGUUUAUCCGCUACAACGACACACCCAUUGUCAAGGCUUCUGGGCGUGAGCUGAGCUACGUUCUGCUGACAGGGAUCUUUCUGUGCUAUGCCACCACUUUCCUCAUGAUCUCCAAGCCUAACGUGGGCAUCUGCUCGCUGCGGCGCAUCUUCCUAGGCUUGGGUAUGAGCAUCAGCUAUGCGGCUUUGCUGACCAAGACCAACCGCAUCUACCGCAUCUUUGAGCAGGGCAAGAAGUCCGUCUCCGCCCCGCGCUUAAUCAGCCCAGCCUCCCAGCUGGUGAUCACCUUCAGCCUGAUUUCUCUGCAGUUGAUGGGGGUCUGCAUCUGGUUCUUGGUGGACCCCUCCCAAGCCAUCACUGACUACCACGACCAGCGCACGUCCAAUCCGGUCUUAGCCCGCGGGGUGCGCAAGUGUGAUAUCUCGGACCUGUCCCUCAUCUGCCUCCUUGGCUACAGCAUGCUGCUGAUGGUCACCUGCACUGUGUACGCGAUCAAGACCCGCGGGGUCCCAGAGACCUUCAACGAGGCCAAGCCCAUCGGCUUCACCAUGUACACCACCUGCAUCAUCUGGCUCGCCUUCAUCCCCAUCUUCUUUGGGACCUCACAAUCCAACGAGAAGUUGUACAUCCAGAUGACCACGCUGACGAUCUCGGUGAGCCUGAGUGCCUCGGUCUCACUGGGGAUGCUCUACAUGCCCAAGGUGUACAUCGUGCUCUUCCACCCCGAGCAGAACGUGCCCAAGCGCAAGCGCAGCCUGAAAGCCGUGGUCACGGCCACCACCAUGUCCAACAAGUUCACGCAGAAGGGCAGCUUCAGGCCCAACGGGGAAGCCAAGUCAGAGGUCUGCGAGAACCUGGAGACGCAAGCAUUGGCUUCCAAGCAAACUUACAUCAGCUACAGCAACCACGCAAUCUAACCAAGAGCCUCUGGCAGGGCCUGCCAUCAUUACGAAGAGUUCACUACGCUGAAGCAAGAGGAACAAAAAAAAAGAGGGAGAAACUAAAGAAGAGCACAAACAAAAACCAGUAACAGGCAUGGCCCUUUAUGGGAUGGGUCCUUGGAGGCCACUGUGGAUGGGGUUGUGUCCUCAUGAUCAAACGGUAGCGACGGAGAUGUUUCCAAGGUAAUGGCAGGAGAGUACUUCAGAACUGAGUCUGUUUUCCUUCUUGCGUUGAUGACACCGUUUGUCUUUUGUUUUCUUGAUAUUUUCAUGACAUCUCGUGAGCUUCAUUUUAGAGAGACAGACCAGCUGUUUUGGGAG